GCUAAUUUUCCCUCUAUAUGAGGAUCGACGACUAAUAAUAGAAAAAAAUAAAAUCAAAGAAGUUCUUUUGUUAAACAAAAACCAGAGAUAAUUUCAUUAAACCCUAAACCCUAAACCCUAGCUGCGACACCGCUAACGUCAUUUCACUGUUUUACACAAUGCUAACUGAGAACUCUCUAAGUUAGGGAAAGAGAUUCAAGAAAGCAGUUGAACUACAGAGGCUGAAGUGAGAAAUCUGCAAAAAAGAUGUUACGCAGGAAUGUUAGAUUGAGGCGCGAGUAUCUGUAUCGGAAAAGCUUGGAGGGAAAGGAGCGCUUGCUUUAUGAAAAGAAACGUAAAAUUAGACAAGCAUUGGAAGAAGGGAAGCCUAUACCUACAGAGCUUAGGAAUGAAGAAAAGGCUUUGCGCAGCGAAAUCGAUUUAGAAGACGAUCAGACCGCCGUGCCAAAAUCAAGUAUUGAUGAUGAGUAUGCAAAUGCAUCGGAAAGGGAUCCAAAGAUUUUGUUGAGUACUUCUCGAAACCCAAGCAGUCGGCUUACACAAUUUGUCAAGGAACUAAAAUUUGUAUUUCCUAAUGCACAAAGGAUCAACCGAGGUGGUCAGGUUAUAUCUGAAAUUGUGGAGGCCUGUCGCUCCCAUGAGUUUACAGAUAUAGUUAUGGUCCAUGAGCACCGUGGGGAGCCUGAUGGGUUAAUUGUGUGCCAUUUACCCUUUGGUCCAACUGCCUACUUUGGAUUACACAAUGUGGUGACAAGGCAUGAUAUCAAAGAUAAGAAAGCUGUUGGAACCAUGUCAGAGGCUUAUCCUCAUCUUAUUCUUCAUAAUUUCUCCACCAAGCUUGGUGAAAGAACUUCAAAUAUUUUGAAGUAUCUAUUUCCAGUUCCUAAGCCUGAUUCAAAGCGCAUCAUAACAUUUGCAAACCAGUCAGAUUACAUAUCUUUCAGGCAUCAUGUUUAUGAAAAACCUGGAGGUCCAAAGUCAAUCGAACUGAAGGAAGUUGGUCCUCGUUUUGAAUUACGUCUUUACCAGAUAAAACUGGGAACACUUGAUCAAACAGAAGUUCAGAAUGAAUGGGUGAUUAGGCCUUAUAUGAACACAACCAAAAAGCAGAAGAUUCUUGGGGCUUAAGGGUUUUUUGUUUUUUUCACAUAUGAAAGGCCAUUAUCAUCUUUUGGCUGUAAGAAAGCAUUGUGGAAGCAAAUGCAUGUGGCCAUGCUGCCAAAUUUCUAUGGAAAUGGGACCAUAUCAGGGAAUGAGCACUAUUGUUUUUAGGCAUGAGUUUUUCAGUCCAUGAAGAUUUAUAGCAUUUGGCUUCAACUAUGUUUUUUGCAUCAAUGUUUUGGAUCACACUCGGUGAUCUAUUACCAAGAUUCUAGGAUGAGCACUAUUAUUAUUUAUUCUUUGAGUACAGUAGGCAGUAAAAUCUAGAAUAUUGGGUAUGUAAUUACAGAUUUCAUUCCAAUCAAAUGUAUAUUUUUUGGGAUGGCUAUUGCUUUUAAUUCAAACUCAUGCUCCUCAAUCCUUGAAAACA